AUGAAGUCAAAUCAUUUGGAAGAAAUAGUUAUUGAUUUAUGUAAAAGACACAGUCAAGAUGCAAUUCUAAUUGACAAAUCAAUCAAAAGAAAAUCCAAACUUUUCAGUAGACAUAUAAUGUUUUUUGCAAGAUAUAUCUGCAAUUUAAGAUUAUCAGACAAUAGAUGGAAUCUCACUCACUCUGUAAAAAUGGUAACUUUACUUGGAAAUGAUUCUUCCACUAAUCAAACACCAUUUUCAUCAUAUUUCAGUCUUUAUGAAAUCAAAUUGACCAAGAAACAUUUCGAUAAAUUAUCAUCGUCACAUUACUGGACUUACGAGCCACUCGAAAAUAUUUUACCAUCCAAAAAAAUCGCCAAUACUAGUAAUAACAUCACUAAAUCUAACAUUCGUAACAAUUCCAAUUCUAAUAUCAAAAUCUCCAAAAGCAAUAAUAAAUCAACUACUACAACUCCAAAAAUUGAAAAAGAAACAAUUAUUCCGUUUUCCAACUAUCUUGGUUUAACGGGCCAACCACCUACUGAAAAAUUCGAUGUCGCCGAUCAUUACUGGACUAAUUUACCACUUGAGGCAAUCUUACCAUCAAAAUCAAAAUACAAAAAUACCAAAAAUAAGAAAAAUUCCUCUUUUACACCUUCAUCUAUAAACCUUAAUUUAUUCACCAAAUACGAGCGUCUAAUGAACAAAAAUAAAAGAUAA